ACAGUAAGUAUUUCGUUCGUGUGGUAGGGGAAUACUGUCACAGCAUCUGUGACUGUGACAAACAUUCUUAUGUAUGAUUGUGAUUGUGCAAAAUCCAAGUGUUUACAGGAAUGUGCGAGAGUUUUUCGGAUAAAGUAAAACAUUAUGGAUUUAUUGGCCGAGAAUGUUCAUUUACUCUUUAGUUCUACCGUUGUCAACUCCUUGAACAAGAAGCAGAUAAUGACAAUAUUGGAUUUUCUCAAUUGCAAUGCCAAAUUGAUAGAAAAUACAUGCAACUUAACAUUUAGGUAGCGAUAAAAAAUCAGGAAUGCAAACUUACAUUUGUAAGCAAAAAGAUGAUGGAUUGCAAUGAAAAAGGCAAAGUGAGUUUGAAUUAGAACAAUAUUUUUGUGAUGAGGAGAAAGAAAAAUAAUGAAACAGAUAUUCUGGAUAUUCGGAAAGAGCUUUUGAAAAAAUAUGCUGCACGUCCAGAGAAUGCAUUCAGCUCCUACCAGUAUAUUUUGUCCCACUGUGCCAUUAUUCAGACUGGAAUAAUUAAUUUGGACCAAUUAUUGGAAGGUGGUUUAUUUACUGGUAAUAUUUAUGAAAUUUGUGGCUUACCUUCAUCUGGAAAGUCACUAUUUUGUUUGACUCUCAUGAAAAAUUUGGCCUCAAGUAUUCGAGAUGGUAAUAUUCAUUACUUUGAUACGAAACAUGAUUUUCAGGCUGUGAAAUUCAAGCAGAUGCUCAAACAUCUUGAUAAGGAAGUUAUGGUUGAAGUAAUGAACCAUAUUUUCAUUAAGCGAUCAAAAACAAAAGAAGAACUUCUGAAACAUUUAACAGAACUGAAAAAGGAAGUUGAAAAUGGCAGCAACAUCAAGAUAAUCGUUAUUGAUUCAUUGCCACCUUUAUAUUUUCAGUCAUUUGAUCAUACCGAGAGUAAUAGCUUCCUCAACCACAUGGUCAACAUUUUGAGAUACCUGACUGUGAAAUUCAAUAUUAUAGCUAUUGUUACAAAUUUGGUAACCCUAUGGAAUGAAGGAGAUUUUAAAAAUAUAAAUUCUAUGAAAGAACGAAUAGCCUGUGGAAGUUAUUGGUACAAUAUUCCAAAUGUAAGACUAAAGUUCAAUAAAGAAGACAAUAAAUGUAAAAUUACUAUUACUAAAUCUAGGAGGAUAAUGCCUGAAGUUGAUAACUGUCUAGUUGAAAUAAAUCAUUUGGGAUUUAUAGGAUAAGUACUGUUUACUAACUUAGAUGAAUCAUCAUUCUUUCUCAUUUCAACUUUAAUACAGUUAGAAUUGUUAGUAUUUUCAACUUGUAAUAAAAAUAUUCUAUUUGAAAAAAA